AUUAAUACAUCUUUGGAUAUCUGUUUUGCUUUGAACUUUGACCACUGCCUCUUUUGGGUCCCACCCUUCUCUCUCUUCUCUCUCUAAAAUCUCUCACUUUCCUAAACAGAGAGACCCCUUAUGAGUUUUCUCCUCCUCCUCCUCCUCUUCCUUCCUCAUCCCAGAAAUUUCCGAUUUCACUUUCACAUCUCCCUCUCUCUUACAACUCUCUAUCCGUAGUUUCAGUUUCGUCCUAGAAUUUCUUUUCUUGUCUGUUCCAGGAAUAGAUUUUGAUCUAUCCUAAGAUUUUGUUUAAAUGACAACUCUGAUUUCACCAAUUAGCUCAGUUCAAAAGUGAAAUUUGAAUAUUUUGAAAUUGAAAAUAUCUAUCUCUAAUGAUAAUGCGAUUUACAAAAAAAAAAAAAAAAAAAAAAAAUCAUGGAUGUAUUUUCCUGGAUUUAUUAUUGUCGUUGUCUCUUGUCUUUACCGAAUUUAAUCUAAAUGGAUGUCUUCAUUAAACAAAUCGAAAGCGUUUCUAACUUUACAGUUUUUCGUUGUUUCACUGUUAUAGAAUUAGGGUUUAUGUAACUGUCCUUUACUUGCUUCAACUUCUCAAAUUAAACUUCUUUUUUGAACCACGAGAUCUGUCAAAAUGAGAUUUUAUCCACUUCUACUGAAAAUUAAGUUUGAAUUGAACAAUUUCUUUAGCCAUUGAUCUAAACACAUGCAAAUAAACGGAUCUGGGUUUUCUAAAAAUCACUUUUUUCUGUAUGUAGUUGUUUCUGUUGCUAAAAAAAUUGUGUUUUGAAUCAUUUUUCAGAUGAAAUUGUGAGUUCUCCGAGUUAUAUGCAUCCGUUAGAAUCAAAGCGGUAAUCAAAAGCAGAAUUUAGAGGAUUGAAAAAGAUGGUUUUGGGGUGUUUCCCUUUGAAAAGCAAGAAGAAACGUGGCUCUGUUUCUAUGAAGCGGUUGGAUCUUGAAGAAAGCAAGCCAACUGCUUUACCUGAGCCACCAAAGAUUCCAAGUCGUAAUUUACAAUCAGCUCCUCCGAGUUUCAGAACUCGUGUGAAGCCAAUUCAAUCUAACAACGGUGGAACCGGAGAGAUGAGUAGCCGAGCAAGAGUCAUGUCUGCUCCGUCAAGCAUCCACGGUGCAGCGGAACGGGAUUUGCUUGCUGGUGUUUACCACGACGAGCAAGAUGAACAACCAAGAGAUCCACGUACUUCUACUAAAGAAUCUAGCCCUCAACCACUUCCGUUACCGUCACCAAGAACUGGUUCUUCAUUGAAGAAUUGGGGAAGCUUUAAGUCGUUUAACGGAAGCAGCGGUCGGUUAUCAUCAUCCGCAGCUGUAUCUGGACCUUUACCUUUGCCACCUAGCGGGUCAGUUAGGAGCUUUUCAUAUGAUGAAGUAAUGGCUGCGUGUAACGCUUUUUCUUCAGACCGAUGUGUCAUGGAAGGUCUUUCAUCUGUUAUGUACAUGGCUUCCUUUGGUGAUGAGGCUUCGACCUCAGGUUUAAAGAAGGUUGACGCAACUGUUGUACGACUUCACGUAAUUACUCAGAGUAUUAGGGAGUUCAUUAAUGAAGUCAACACAUUGGCGUCGCUGCAACACCAGAACCUUUGUAAGCUGGUAGGCUAUCAUGCUCGUGACGGUUCUGACACAAGAAUGUUGGUGUACGAGAGGCUUGCUCUGGGCAGCUUGGACCGUUUACUGCAUGGGAGAUCAGAUGGGCCUCCUCUUGAUUGGAACACUAGAAUGAAGAUUGCACUAUGCGCAGCUCAGGGUCUAACCUUCUUGCACGAAGAAGGCCCUUUUCAGGCAAUGUACAAUGAAUUUUCGACGGCAAAUAUCCAAGUCGAUAAAGAUUUCAGCGCCAAGCUAUCAGGAUACGGUUGUGCAGGCCAUGCGCCUGAGACAGAGACAUCUAAUAGUUCGGCACUUGCUAAUCUCUCUGUCGAGACUCUAGAGAGAGGGCUUUUGACCCCGAAGAGCAAUGUGUGGAGCUAUGGAAUAGUUCUUCUUGAGAUGUUAACGGGUCGGAAAAAUAUGGACGGGUCUUACCCGAAAGAAGAGAGGAACUUAGUGAAAUGGAGCAGAGCUUUUCUAGCAGAUGAUUGCAGGCUCUCGCUUAUAAUGGAUCCUCAGCUUAAAGGUCGGUUUCCGGCAAAAGCGGCUAGGAGCAUAGCAGAUAUAGCACAGAAAUGUCUGCAGGUGGAGCCUUCAGAGCGUCCAACCAUGAGAAACAUCGUGGAUCAACUCAAGAUCAUACAGGACAUGAAGUACUCGUGUAGGUUCCCAUUGAGAGAACCCGCACCGGUCGUGGCAAGGAAACAUAUGGGAAGAUCAAGCAGUCUCAACACGAUUAUUUGGACCCCGGCAUCAGUGCCACCAAGGUCGAGUUUUUCACCGUCACCUCCACCACGACGACCGUCUGUCUCACCCACAAGGGGACGGACGCUCGUGUUUCCCCCAGUGUUUCCGCCGCGAGCGUGUUCAUCUUUGGAGGAAAUGGCUCGGGAAGAGGUUCGAAGAUCGUCUUCAGCCAGUGGUAGGAGAACUAGCCUCGAAGGGUUUUGAUUUGUUCAUAUCUCUCUUCUUUCUUCUUUUUCCUAUUUGUUUUUAAUUUUUGGCGUUGAUUUGUUUUUUGGAUUCCAAAUAUAAAAAAUUGUUUUUUUCUUUUUCUUUUGUUGUUUAUGAAUCCGGACGUCGAUAGAGAGGGUUUGUGAUGUUUUGUACAUAAUAAUCAACAUUUCUUCUUUCACAUUAAAAAGAGAUCCAAGUAUUGUGUACUCAACAGAAAAACUGAGAAAGGAAAAAGAAACCUACCU